AUGGGGCGAGGCAGGGCACCGUGCUGCGCCAAGGUCGGGCUGAACAGGGGCUCCUGGACGCCGCAGGAGGACAUGCGCCUCAUCGCCUACAUCCAGAAGCACGGGCACGCCAACUGGCGCGCCCUCCCGAGGCAGGCCGGCCUGCUGCGCUGCGGGAAGAGCUGCCGGCUCCGGUGGAUCAACUACCUGCGCCCCGACCUCAGGCGCGGCAACUUCACCGCCGAGGAGGAGGCCACCGUCAUCAAGCUGCACGCCUUGCUCGGCAACAAAUGGUCCAAGAUCGCGGCGUGCCUGCCCGGGAGGACGGACAACGAGAUCAAGAACGUCUGGAACACGCACCUGAAGAAGAAGGCGUCGGAGCAGAAGCCAGGCGUUGGCGAGAGCAAGGGCGAGGCGGCCGACGGAGACCCUGACACGCCCGCCCCUUCGUUGUCUUCGGCGUCCUCAUCGAUGACGACCAGCGACGGGUCCAACGGCGGCGCCGGGGAGCAGUGCGGCACGAGCAACGAGCCCGAAACGAUAAACGUACCAUCGCCUCUCGAGCUGGAGCUGGAGCCAGUCAUGGACAUCCUGGACAUGCUGGCCGACGAGCCCACGGAGGCGUUCGCGACGGCGGCGCCAAUGCCAACGUCUUCGUGCUCGUCGUCCUCCCUCACGACGUGCGCCGGGGGCGGCGGCGGUGUGGAGGAGCUGCUCGAGCUGCCGGACAUCGACAUGGACGCUGACAUCUGGAGCAUCAUCGAUGACGAUGUCGCGCGCCUACAACAAGGCGAUGCAACAGUGCCAUGUACGACCAAGGAGGGAAGCGAGUGGUGGUUGGAGGAUUUGGAGAAGGAACUCGGCCUGUGGGGCCCCGCGGAGGAAUCCCAGCCCCAGGCGGGCCCACUCGACCAGAUAGGCUACCCGGGCCAACUCUACGAAACGGAGGGGGACAUGGUGAUGGUAUCCUCCUGCCCGCCGUCCAGAUCCGAUCAUGAGGCGUCCAAUUCUGAAUAG